AUGAGGAAGUUUUGUGAGGUCUUUAUUUUAUUAAAUGUUUUAUAUAUUAAAAACAGCUAUAGUAAUAUUGUUAAUAACAAUACAGAUCUUGGAAAAUUAUGUGAAGAUGGUUUACCUUUGUUAUCUUCAAAUGAUAAACCAGUAUCAUGUAAUGAAACAUCUCAUUGUCCUUUAGGAUUUUGGUGUCAUAAUGGUGGAAUAUAUCCCUCAUUAUAUUAUUGUUGUCCUAAAAAUAAAGAAGUUAGUAAUAUUUGUGGAUUACCAAAAAAAAUUGGAUAUGGUUAUGAGGUAUCAUUAAGAUAUGUUUUUAAUAUACAUUCAAGAGAAUGUGAAUCAUUUAUGUAUUAUGGUAUUGGAGGUAAUGAAAAUAAUUUUGAAUCUUAUGAAAAAUGUCAAUUAAUGUGUGGAAUGUUUUCAAAAAAAAUUGAAGAAACUCUUUUAAAUGAAAAUAAUUUUAUUCAAAAGAUAGGUGGAAAUAUUUUUCAUGUAAGUAAUGAUGCUCCUGUUACAAGUAAUUUUGAUCCAUGUACACAAACACCUGAUAAUGGAAUUAGUUUAGAUGAAAAUAAUACUAUUGAAAAAAGAUUUUAUUUUGAUAGAGUUUUAUCUAAAUGUAUUAAAUUUUCAUACAAAGGUUAUGGUGGUAAUUAUAAUAAUUUUAAAUCAUUUCAAGAUUGUGAAGAAACAUGUGGUAAUGGGAAAUUACAAUUAUCAUCAUGUUUUGAAAAAUAUACUAAUGGAACAGGAAAUAUGAAAAUAUUAAGAUAUUAUUAUGAUUAUAAACAUAGAGUAUGUAAAAAUUUUUUUUAUAAAGGAAAUAAUGGAAAUAAUAAUCGUUUUAUUUCAAGAAAACAAUGUACAGAAUUGUGUAUUAUUUCAUUACAACCAGAUAAAGUUUUAGUUGCUGGGACAACAACUAUUAUUCCAAUCACUAGUACUACAGUUACAUCUCCAACAACUUUAGCUACAACAACUUUUUCAACAACUACUACUAAUAGUAAUACUAUAUCAACAACAAUAACAACAAUUGAACCAAAAUUAUCUUCAAAAUUAAUAUUUAAUAGUUAUAAAAAAAAUAAUAAUGAUACAAUAAUUGUUGAAAAUAAUAUAAAAGAAGAAAGUUAUACUAUACCAAAAAUUAUUAAAAUUAUUCCUCCAAUUAAUUAUAAAAAUGAAAAAUUUUAUUCAAAUGAAGAACAAAAUUUUAUUAAUAAUAAUAAUAAUAAUCAAUUUAAUGUUAAUGAAUAUAUAAAUCCAUAUGAUAAUAAAUAUAGAAUAAAAUAUCCAAAUGAGGAAACAUUUCAUAAUAAUCAAGAAACAAUAUGGGGAUUUGAAAAUUAUUAUCAACCAUUACCAUAUGAUGGACAUGUAGGUGGUGGUAUUAUAACAAAUAUAACAAAUAAAAAUAAUAAAAGAAGACGACCAAUUCAAGAAAUUUCAUCAUCAGCAUAUAAAGAAUUUAUUCAUAAUUUAACUGAUAAUAAACAAAAUAAUGAUGAUAUAUGUAAACUUCCAUUAGAACCUGGUAUUGGAAAUUUAUUUAUACAAAGAUGGUAUUAUAAUUCAAUAUUUCAUAAUUGUAUACCAUUUUUUUUUAAAGGACAAUCAUCUAAUGGUAAUAAUUUUUUUACUAAAAAUGAUUGUAUUAAAAGAUGUAUAAUUAAUAGUAAAAUAUCAAAUUAUAAAAAUAAAGAACAAUAUAAUAAUUUAUGUUCAAAUGGUAUACCAUCAUUAAAUUCAUAUCAUAAAUUAAUUAUAUGUACAAGUAAUGAUAAUUGUCUUAAAAAAACACAUUAUUGUUCAUAUGAUAUAUCAAAUAUACAAGGAUAUUGUUGUCCAAAAUCUUAUAUAUCACCAUGUGAACAAGAAUUAAUUAUUGGUAAUCAAAUAUAUAAUAAAAAAUUAGAAAAAGAAACUACAAUAAGAUAUUAUUUUAAUAAAGAUACAUAUACAUGUACAUCAUUUAAAUAUACAGGAUAUGGUGGUAAUGAAAAUAAUUUUUUAACAAUAGGUGAAUGUCGUAGACAAUGUCCAGAAUAUAUUAAUCCAUGUCCUGUAGGUAUACCAUAUAUAUCAAAAAUUAAUGAAAAUGUAGCAUUUUGUUCACAUAUAAAUCAAGAAUGUCCACAAAAUUAUUGGUGUCAUAUUGGUGGAUCAAAAAAAACAUCAACAUGUUGUCCAAUGAUUAAUGAAGAUGCUCUUAAUGAAGAUCCAUGUUCAAUGAAUCUUAUUAUUGGUGAAGGUCAUGAAGCACUUAGUAGAUAUUUUUAUAAUAAACGUACUAAACAAUGUGAAAGUUUUAUUUAUCUUGGUAAAAAAGGUAAUGCUAAUAAUUUUUAUACUAAAACAGAUUGUGAAGCUAUGUGUCCUGUUUUUGAAAAUCCUUGUGGUUAUGGAUCACCAUUUUUUAAUACAAUUACAUCAAAUUCUAAUAAAGAUGAUUCUGAUGAAGAAUCACAACCAAUGUUUUGUUCAACAACUGAAGAUGAAGAAGAAAGUAAUUGUCCAGAGGGAUAUUAUUGUCAUAUAGGAGGAUCAUCUCAUUCAACAGUUUGUUGUCCAAUUACUGGUAAUCCAUGUGAUAUGCCUGUUGCUAAAGGUAAUGGUACAUCAAUUCUUAAUAGAUGGUAUUUUAAUAGUAAAACAAAAGUAUGUUCAAGUUUUGUAUAUUCUGGUAUUGGUGGUAAUGUUAAUAAUUUUCUUUCUAAAGAAGAUUGUACUCAGACAUGUGAUGUUAUGUUAAAUCCAUGUCCAACUGGUCAUCCACAUAUAACACUUUCUGGUGAAGUAACACAAUGUGGUGAUUUUUUAUCAAUUGGUAAUGAUGAAAAUGGUAGUUGUCCACCAACAUAUUGGUGUCAUUAUGGUAGUAGUUAUGAAACAAGUACAUGUUGUCCUAAUGCCGGAAAUCCAUGUAUUCUUAAUAUGGAAGAAGGUGAAGGAAAUUUAAAUGUUAUAAGAUAUUAUUAUGAUUAUAAAGCAAGAAAAUGUAAAAAAAUGAUAUAUAAAGGUAUGAAAGGAAAUCAAAAUUCAUUUUUAACAUUAAGUGCCUGUGAAGCAAGAUGUCCAGUUUUUAAAAAUCCUUGUCUUAAUGGUGAACCAGAAAAAAUAGAAAAUGGUGAAGAUAUUAAAUUUUGUAGUAUGUCAAAUUCUAAAAAUGGUUGUGGUGAAGGAUAUUAUUGUCAUAUAGGAUAUUCUGAAGAAAGUACUGUUUGUUGUUUAAAAAUAAAUAAUGAUCCAUGUUCACAACCAAUUAUACGUGGUGGUGGACCAUCAUCAUUAUCAAGAUUUUAUUUUGAUUCUUCAACAAGAACAUGUUUACCAUUUAUUUAUAGUGGUGGUAAUGGUAAUAUGAAUAAUUUUAUUAGUAAAGAUGAAUGUGAAUCAACAUGUCCAGUACUUCAAAAUCCAUGUAGUAAUGAUGAAGGACCACCAGCAACUGAUAAUAAUGGACAAUAUAUUUUUUGUGCCAGUAGAGCUGAUAAUACCUGUCCAUCAGGAUAUUUUUGUCAUUAUGGUGAAUUUUUAUCUGAAUCUAUUUGUUGUCCUGAUGGUGAUGAAGAUACAUGUAAUAAACAAUUACAAGAAGGUAUUGGUGAUAAAGAAUUAAUAAGAUGGUACUUUAAUAAUAAUUUAAGAAGAUGUUCUAAAUUUAAGUAUAAAGGAAAAGCAGGAAAUUCAAAUAAUUUUAUUACACUUCAAGAAUGUCAAAUGACAUGUAAAGAAUAUCAAAAUCCAUGUUCUGAUGGUGAUCCAGCACUCAAUAAUAAAGGUGAAAUUAUAUUUUGUUCAUCAACAAAUAAUAAUAAUAAUACCUGUCCUGAUAAUUAUUUUUGUCAUCAUGGUGCAAUUGAAAGUACAACUGUAUGUUGUCCACUUCAACAACAAUCAGAUCCAUGUUAUGGACCAUUAUCUAUUGGUAGUGGUUUAUCAAAACUUUCAAGAUGGUAUUUUAAUCAUAAUACAAGGCAAUGCCUACAAUUUACAUAUACUGGAAUUAAUGGUAAUGCAAAUAAUUAUUUAACAGAAGAAGAUUGUUCUAAUUCAUGUCCUGUUGUUAUUAAUCCAUGUCCUGGUGUUGAUAGAGUUUACCCAAAAGCAUUUGUUGAUUCAUUAAAAUGUUCCUCUGAUACAUCAUUUUUAUGUCCAAUUGGAUAUUGGUGUCAUUUAGGUUCAACACCUGAAACAACAAUAUGUUGUCCUAAUGCUCAAGAUCCAUGUAAACAGGAACUUGAAAUUGGUAUAAAAUUUAAAACAGAAAAUGUUAAAAGAUGGUAUUAUGAUUCAAAUAUUAAAGAAUGUAAAAGUUUUAUAUUUAAAGGAUUAAAAGGAAAUCAAAAUAAUUUUCUUAGUAAAGAUGAUUGUAUUAAGACAUGUCCAAGUUUUACAAAUGUUUGCCAAAUACAAGAACCAUAUAGAGAUAAAAUAUAUAAUAAAAUUGUAAAUUGUGAUAAUAACAAAAAUUGCCCUUCCGGUUAUUUUUGUCAUAGAGGAUCUCCAUCAAUAUCUAUAAAAGAUAAAAAUAUUAAUAAUGUUUGUUGUAGAAGUUUAAAACAUCCAUGUCAAGAUGAAGUUAUUAUUGGUAAUGGUAAAAAUUCUUUACCAAGAUGGUAUUUUAAUUUUGAUAAAAAACAAUGUGUAGAAUUUACAUAUUCUGGAUCUGGUGGUUCAUCAAAUAAUUUUAUAACAAGAGAAGAAUGUAUUGAUACAUGUCUAUAUGAUAAUACUAAUCCAUGCCGUAAUGGUGAACCAUAUAAAAAUAUUUAUGGUGAAAUAAAAAAUUGUUCACCACAAUCAUAUAAUGAAUGUCCACAAAAAUAUUUUUGUCAUAUUGGUGAUGAUAAAAAAAAUACUGUAUGUUGUCCAUCAAUAAUACCAUCACCAUGUCAAGAAAAUAUUGAAAUUGGUUAUGGUAAUAAAGAAUUAAGUAGAUAUUAUUAUAAUUAUCAUAGUAAAGAAUGUCUUCCUUUUGUUUAUACAGGAAUGGGUGGUAAUUCAAAUAAUUUUUUAACAAAAGAAGAUUGUGUCAAAAGUUGUUACCUUCAUUCAUCUUCUACUCCUAUCUUAUUUUCGACAGCUGAAUGGCCAUGGUAUACACAAAAAGAAAUUAAAAAACGUUCAAUACCAUUAAAAUGUGGUAUGCCAGUUGCUAAAAGUUGUAAAGGAUCUCCAAUAGGUUAUUUUUAUGAUAGAAUGUCAAAUGAAUGUGUACCAAUACGUCCAUGUCCUAAUGAACCUUAUGAUAAUAUUUUUUGGAAUCUAAAUGAAUGUACAAAUAUUUGUAGUGAUAUUGGUAAUAGAAGAAGUGCCACAGAUAAGGAGGAGGAUUAUCUUUUAAUACGUUCAUUAGGAUUUUUAAGUCAACUACUUUCUAAUCCUAGAAAUAAAGAAAAUUUGAGGUAG